UCAUUGAAGAAGGUACAGAGUAAAAGUCCGGCGAAACGGAAGGGGUCUUAAAUUUGAAGAUCUGUUCAGUUUCAGCUGGAAAUUUACAACAGCACAAGUUCAUAGCUAUAUUGAAUAUUUAAGAAUGAGAAAUUCUCCUCCUAAAAGUCUUUCUAGGAUGGCUUCUUCACAAUCAACCCUCGUACACCUUGUGGCGGGAGGAGUCGCAGGAACCGUUGGUGCUUCUCUGACUUGUCCAUUGGAAGUCGUUAAAACUCGUUUACAGGCGUCAGUAGCUACGUUUCAUACAACAACGUGUAUAAGCAGCAUAGGACCAGUUCCUUUGCAGUUAACUUACCAAAAACCAACAGGAAUAUUGAUGUGUCUCAAGAAUAUUGUACAAAAUGAAGGAUUUACAAAACUGUUCCGUGGUCUUGGGCCAACUCUUAUUGGCAUUGCUCCAUCAAGAGCAAUCUAUUUCUCAUGUUAUGCCACAGCCAAGAGAACCCUUAAUCAAAGUGGUUGGGUAUCACCAGAGAGUAAAGUUGUCCACAUGCUGUCAUCAUGUUCUGCAGGAUUAUUUACAUCUACUGCAACAAGCCCACUAUGGGUUGUCAAGACUAGAUUACAACUACAUAAUGGUAAAAGACCCAAGUUGUGGAGAAUAUUUACGUCAAUAUAUGAAAAAGAAGGCAUCAGAGGAUAUUAUCGUGGUUUAUCAGCAUCAUAUGUUGGAGUAACAGAGACUUGUAUACAUUUUGUCAUUUAUGAGCAUAUCAAGUCAAAGUUAAGAGCACAUAAAGAAAAGACAAGACCUGGACAGCAGAGUAUGUUUGACUUUGUUGAAUUUAUGAUGGCUGCGGCCACAUCAAAAACAUUUGCAUCAAUCGUUGCUUACCCUCAUGAGGUUGUGCGCACAAGGUUACGGCAACAAGAAAGCGAUGGAACAAGAAAAUACCGAUCGUUUUUCCAAGCUUUGAAAAAAGUUGCAAUUGAAGAGGGAAGACCAGGACUGUAUGGUGGACUUGGAACACAGCUUAUACGACAAAUCCCUAAUACUGCUCUAGUAUUCUUGACAUAUGAAGCAAUCGUUGGCUUUCUAUGUAGCGAAGAGUAAGAACGCAGUGGACARUGAAUUGUCUGAAUAAUAUCAAUUUUAGAAGAGAAAAAGUUUUAUUUACCUUACCAAGAUGAUUAUUUGUACAAAAAACAAUAUUAGUAAGUUAUAUUGUAUUGCAGCAAUCUGCUGUACUAUGACAGCUCAUGACGUUUAUGCCUGGGCAAAAAAAAAAGAAAGAAAGAAUUGUAYCUCCAACUAGCUUUUUGUGCAUGCAUACUUUGUUCUCUACUUUUUACCAUGAAUAACAUAAACUACAGAGACAAGAGUGAUUUUUAUUGAACUGUGAAAUGUAAAAGCAAGAGAAUUAGAGCCCACUAUUACAUGUGGGCUUUGCACUUUCAAAUUCCAAUGAAAAUCACUCAAUUAUGUAGCUAGCUCAUGGUAUCUACAGAACAAUUUCUUGUUAGGAAUACCAGUGUUGAAAAGUAGGCAAAAAAGUUUAAUAUUGGUUAGUGAGUGGACUGUGGCCAUGAUGGAUGAGAAUAGAAUGCCCUUCACUCUCCUGGARAUUGUUUUCACACUAUUAUCUCUUCCAAACMCAAUUCAAACUCUAAAGGUAAAAUGCUCAUGGCUUGUUCACCGGGUAUAACAGUCCAUAUGAGUGGAUUGUUUGUUGUGUUUUUAGAUUUAAAUCARUACACAGAUUCAUUAUCCCCCUUUCAUUUCAAGGCAUUUGUGUCAAGGUAGAUGAAAAGGAGUUCAGAUUAUCAGAUUUUCAUWMAGUGCUCAGUUAUUCUAAGACAAUUCUACCAGAGUUUAUUUAUAUUAGAUAUAUGUAUUAUAGAUAUUCAAUGAUGUAUAUAACUUCUUUUUUUGAAAAUAAAGUCYUUAGAUGYAUGAACUA